AUGACUGGCUCAAGCUCAUGUUCGACAAGCUUUGUGAGUAGAAGAUUAAAUCCUUCUACCUUUGUCAUAUUCGAAGACGAUACGUAUGGAGAGCAGCCAUAUAUCUAUGUCAAGUUGUAUUCCAACUAUGUGAUUAUAACAGAUACUGGAUGCAACUCUCCUCGAGACGAAACUGUCAAACUUACAUCUCUACGUCAAUUCAUUGAAGAAUACCCCAUUCCAUCCUACAACAAUCAAAGUCUGAAUCCGGAUGGCGAGAAGGCAUAUAUUAUAAUCUGCACUCAUUGUCAUUAUGACAAUAUUCUUGGUCUCCCCGAGUUUUUAUCGUCAAAGCCUACUAUUGUAGCCUCAGACGGUGGUAAAUCUUUCAUUCUCGAAGAUUUGCCGCAGCAUUCUCUUUGCAAAUACAUGAACGUAUCGACUCCAAACUAUGAAGUUUCGUAUUGGGCUUGUCAGCUGAAGUACUUUUCGAUGCACAAUACCCACUUUCGCAUCCAGUUCAUACAAAUCCCAGGCCAUACACCUGAUUCUCUUGCGUGGUAUGAUAUCGAAGAACACUACUUGUUUAUUGGGGAUGCUUUUUACACAAGACACAGAGAACCCGCCAUACCCGAGUUUUCAGAUGAAGUAGGUCAAGACCCUGAUCUGCUUUCCACACAAGGCGCGAUAAUCUUUCCGGAAGGAGGUAAUUGGAUUGAAUACAUGUCGUCCCUUAAACUACUCUCAUCUUUCACAAAACAUCGGAACGCGGAGCUCACUCGACUACAUAAGUCGAACGAGACAGCGGCACCGAGAGUACGACUUGCUUGUGGCCAUUUGACGUAUGCCGUGGAUGCUGAGGAGAUGAUUCUCGAAGUACAAGCCUUGUUUUGGAGGAUACUAGGGGGGAACGUCGCAGUGAAAGAGACUGAUAUGAAAAGAGGGGUCAUACACGACUAUUGGUUGGAAGAUGAUGGGUCUAGGUACGGGGUUAUGGCACCUCGUCAUCUUGCGGAGGAGGCGAGACUACACUUUCGGUCCAAGCAAUGA